UAUACGUGUGUGUGUGUGCGUGGCGGAGGCGCCACGUCGGCAGAAGCGGAGAGGCUGCAGAUCCAGGACACGAGUGGAGCUCCGGGGAAACAGAUCCGCGCUGACGCCAAAAAACCCCGCUUUGAAGGAGAAGAAGGAGAAGAAGAGAGGGUUGCGGGUUCCAGCUCCGGCACUGCGGGGUGGCAGAGCAGCGGCCGCAGGUGAAUCCAGGUGGAGAAUCCAGGUGAAGCCCAGGUGUCCAGGUGUGCUCCAGCUCGGGAACCUGCUCGGGAACCUGCUCGGGAACUAUGGUGAAGGACGUGAACAGCGUGAACCUGGAGCCCCAGCCGGGGACCAGCCUGUCCUCCGACGACGGCGAUGCCGCCUGCAGCCUGCAGUCUCCAGAGGACUCCGGGAAGGACCACACCCCGGCCCCCCCAGGGAUGGUGUGGCGCGUCACCGGCGGCCUCUUCUCCGUCACCAGGGGCGUGGUCGGCGCCGCCGUGGGGGGCGUGGCCUGGGUGGGCAGCAAGAGCCUGGAGAUGACCAAGUCUGCCGUUACCACGGUGACCGCGGUGCCCUCCGUGGGGGCGGGGCUUGUGAAGGGCGGGGUCUCGGCCGUGGCGGGGGGCGUGUCCAGCGUGGGCUCCUCGGUGGCCGGCCGGGUUCCCUUCACGGCCAAGAGGAAGGACAAGGCCGAGUGACGGGAUGAUUGACAGGUCUGCCCCGCCCCCUGAGCCAACAGAGACGCUGAUCAGCUGACCAAUCAGACCAAUCAGACCAAUCAGACGCCGCCGUGCCUUCCCCGCCUCACCGGCGCCGCCGCGGGCGUCUCCACGAACGUUUUUACCCGUCUACGACCCGAGGCGGCUCCUCACUCCGCCGGCUGAUGUUCCCAGUUAAAAUGCUGAUUUAUUUUUAUUCUUUAGUCUUUGUUUAGUUUAGUUUUGCAGUGGUAUUAAAGUAUUAUUGAACCUGAUGACAGUUAACGUGUCCGUGGAGGGGGGAGUGGGCCCAGGACCUGGACCAGGACCUGGACCUGGACCCCCGGGACCCUCCGGUCCUCCCCACCGCUCUUAUCGUGAAAAAUGUCCUCAGAAAUCAAAGGUUGCUGGUUCCUCGUCUCCCCGGAGCUUCCCCUCGUACUGUAAUUCAGACCGAACAGUUUCACCGGAGGAAGCCGCAGCCGCUGCAGAAGGAUUCAACUCUGUGAAUGUCCUGUACGCAUUUUGUUGUUUUCCACUAUAUCAAUAAAGUAGUUUGAUGCUGAAAUAAA